AUGUGGGGUAUCAAAUCCAAGCCAUUCUCGAUUGGCUCGAAGACGAUACUGUACCGAGCGGCACCCCAUCGCGUGGCCGCUGAUCCGCAAACAAGGCUAGUGGGCAUGAUCUGCACGCACAGGCGUACGCAAACACGGGGAGGAUUCUCGGUCGAAUUCAGUCGGCCACAGAGCUCGGCUGGACACCAUGAGGCGGCCAUCGCGGCCGAGGUUAACAAGGUGGGCAAGCGAGCGGCGCUGCGUUGCCGGGGCCAUCCGAUCGUCGAGGGCAACACCCAGCAGAGCAGGCGCCUCGCUGCUUUCAGCUUGACUUGGAGCUGGGGCAACAUACGCCAACUCACUGCGUGCUCGCGCUUGCCUCUACCGUCCCAGCACGAGUUCAGCUACUGGCACGAGGUGGAGCUAGUGAUUGCAGGACGGCUUCUGGUGCGCACAACGACUGGAUCUGGCGGCGAUGUCGCGGGUGCUUUCGGUGUUCCGACACUUAUCCGCGGACGACGAAUGCAGACAUGGGAUGGAUCGUCUGAUCAAAGCGAGGAGAUCGCCAUGAUCGCAUGCGCCGUGGAGAUGGGAACUCCUCCAUCCUUCAUCACGGCGGCCGGCUCGUCUCCGUGGAACGAGGGCUUCAGAGAAAGGCAGAGGUUGCCGGCCGACGACAAAGCGCAGGUGGGGCGACGGCAAGGGCGGUCCGGUUCAGGUUGA